AUGGUACAAAAGUGGAUUUAAUUGCCAAACUAAAAAAUUACUGGAAAGACAGUGAUAAGAAGUACAAUAAUAGACAGAAAGGAAAAAGCAAGUUAGUUGAAACUGAUAUUGAAAAUAAUAGAGAUGAUGAAUUUUUGUCAUUUAUGAAAAAUAAGUUGGAGGAAAAGAUCAAAUCCAAACUUGAAAGCUCACUAGCAUCGAUACUAAAUAGAAGUCUGCAGUGUUGGGCAUCUCAAUAUAAAAAUUUUCAAGAUAAACUUAGCAAAGCAAUACAGGAAGAAUCGAUUGAAAAAGUACAAGAAGCCUACAAUGUAUUAAAAAUAAGGGUAUUUAUCUUGAGAACUGCAGAGGAUAAGAGAUGGAGAGUGGCAUCGAAUAUCCCAAAACCAGUAUCUACAGUGAAGGAUGAGCUUUACAAUAUGUUAAUAGAAGCUAGAAAACAAGCAAAACCAAAGAAAUACAAACCUUUUCAAGGCUUUGGAGGUAGAUAUAGCAAAGGGGAAUAUAUAAUGAAAGGGACAAGCGCACAAUAUUUUGCUCUAUACUCUUCAGUACAAAAAACCUGGUCUAAUAGAUUUGAACAGCAUCCAUACCAAGAGGGACUAAACUAG